AUGCAUACGUUACACCGCGCACUUCCCAGACUGGCAAGAUGCACUCGACAGGCCAGCACAUCAUCCGAUAUCGCCGGCGCUUCUCUGGCUGCGCCACAACUUGACUACGCCUCACUGGCGCGCGACGCUGAAUCGCACGCGCGUAACGCGGCACUGCGUAACGUCGACCUCCCAUUGGAUACCGCGUCUCGCCUCACAAACCUCUAUGCACGUUUCCGGGACUUGACAUCUCGUGCCAAUGCCAAACGACACGAACAACGUGAACUCGGCGAACUAGUGAAGAAGGCAAAGGAUGCGGAACAACGGCAGUCUGCUAUACGCGCUGCGACGGAACUCAAGCCAGAGGUGCAGCGACUGACGACGGAGGUCUCAGAGUUAGAGGACAAACUGCGUGCCCUCGCCCUACUUCUGCCGAAUACGACACAUCCGUCUUCACCACAUGGAGCAGAGAAGAACGCCAGAACUGUCUCUGUGCAUGGUUCCGAACGUCUGCCUGUAGAUCAAGCGCGAGACCAUGUCGCCGUCGGCAAUGCACUCGAGCUUUUUGAUCUUCUCGCUGGUUCUACUGUCUCUGGCUCUGCCUGGUACUUCUUAAAGAACGAAGCCGCCCAGCUUGAGCUUGCCCUCAUCAAUUACGCUCUCUCCAUCGCUGUCAAGCAUGGAUACACUCCAACGACAACUCCCGACGUCGUCCGCUCAGAUAUUGCCCGUCGCGCAGGCUUUCGACCGCGCGAUGCAGGCACACCUAUCGAGGCGUCCCAGAUAUAUUCUGUCGAGACGCCGCGCGGUUCCCCAGAGCUCGUGCUCGCAGGCACUGCCGAAAUCCCUUUGGCGGGUAUGCAUGCACGGCAGACCUACGAGCCCGGUGCGCUUCCGCGUAAGCUGGCUGGGCUUGGGCGCGCAUUUCGCGCGGAAGCGGGUGCUGGAGGCGCGGAUACACGCGGUCUGUAUCGGGUGCACCAGUUUGCGAAGCUCGAACUCUUCGUCGUUUGUGGCGCGGAAGAGAGUGAGCAAAUGUUGGAGGAGAUUCGUGCAGUGCAAGUCGAAAUCUUCGAGGGCCUGGGCUUCCCCUUCCGUGUGCUCGAUAUGCCAACGGAAGAGCUUGGCGCUGCAGCAUACCGCAAGUACGAUAUCGAAGCGUGGAUGCCGGGUCGCGGCAAAUGGGGCGAGAUAUCCAGCGCAAGCAACUGUACGGACUACCAAGCCCGUAGGCUACUUAUUCGGCACGCGCCUGCAGCAUUAGGCGGACGCACAAGCUUUGCGCAUACACUCAAUGGCACUGCUGCCGCUGUACCACGCCUCAUCGUCGCACUACUCGAAAAUGGGGCGCGUUUCGACGUGGACGGCAAGGUUGUAGGAAUAAACCUGCCGAAGGAACUCCAGCCUUUCUGGGUCAACAAUCCCAAGCGCGAUCUUGUGCGCUGGGUAUGA